CGUAGUCUUGCUGUCUAUCUCGUAGCUGAUCUGAGCUCGCGAAUUCCCCCCCCCUCGGACCCGUAAGCUGGAUUGAACUAAAUAAUAUUGUCCUCCCACGACCGCCUCUUUCUUGUCUCUUUCUUCUUGCCAUAUCUCCAAAGGACAUCAACGUCGAUAGUUCACUCCUCUCCGGUGUUAUCCACCGUAUUCCUUCCACAACUCCCCUCAGCGACGAAGCGCCAGUCUUCCCUUGGUCAGGGCCCCUUUCAGAACACCCUUUGCCAGAAUGUCCGCCGUAGCCCAAGGUGUUGCGCAACCCGUGGCGCCUGCCGCGCCCCCGAAGCUCGAAAAGAAGCCGGUCAAAUUCAGCAAUCUGCUGCUGGGCGCUGGGUUGAACCUGUUUGAAGUCACUUCCUUGGGACAGCCUUUGGAGGUCAUCAAGACGACCAUGGCCGCCAACAGGAAAGAUUCGUUCGCAGGUGCUAUGAGACGCAUCUGGGGACGUGGAGGAGUUCUCGGCUACUACCAAGGGUUGAUUCCAUGGGCCUGGAUUGAAGCCUCUACCAAGGGUGCCGUGCUGCUCUUCGUCGCGUCGGAGGCGGAGUAUGUCGCGAAGAGCUUUGGCGCCAACGACUUUGUCGGUGGUAUUUCGGGCGGUAUGGCUGGUGGCAUUGCGCAGGCGUACGCCACGAUGGGUUUCUGCACGUGCAUGAAGACAGUCGAGAUCACGAAACACAAGAUGGCCGCUCAGGGCGUCAAGCCCCCCAGCACUUUCAGCACCUUUGCGGACAUUUACCGCAAAGAAGGUAUUCGUGGAAUCAAUCGUGGAGUCAACGCCGUUGCUAUCCGUCAGACUACCAACUGGGGCUCUCGUUUCGGUCUCUCGCGCUUGGCUGAGUCGGCCAUCCGCAAGGUUACCGGCAAGGAGGAAGGCCAGAAGCUGAGCGCCUUCGAAAAGGUUAUUGCCAGCGGUCUCGGUGGUGGCCUUAGCGCCUGGAACCAGCCCAUCGAAGUCAUCCGUGUCGAGAUGCAGAGCAAGACCGAGGACCCCAACCGGCCGAAGAACCUCACCGUCGGCAAGACGCUCAAGUACAUUUACAGUAAUAAUGGAGUCAAGGGUUUGUACCGUGGUGUUACCCCACGUAUUGGUUUGGGCGUUUGGCAGACUGUUUGCAUGGUUGCAUUGGGCGAUAUGGCCAAAGAAGCUGUUGAGAAGCUCACCGGCGAAGCGGUUACGGCUAAGCAUUAAGGCGUUGGCGGUUCUUUUGUUUACACUUUCGGCUCAGGGUCCGGUCCCGAAACGUGUUGAGUUUUUCUUGUUGACAUUGUCAGAUGUUGUUAUUGUUUUUGUCGUCGUUCAACCUUUGUCGAGUAGCAGUACACCGGCAGGUGGGGCGGACGACUCAGGCAGAGCACGGGGCAACCGAUUGGGAAGACCAGGCACGCGCGGGCCCGCGUGCAUGAAAGCCGUUACAGCGCAACUACCAUAUUUUUUCUAAUUAUCACAACCGUCAUCAUCCUCGACGUCAUCCAUCCCGACUUAUCAGGGAUAAGAGCGGAGGGAAUUGGUGGAAUUUGCCAUUUUAAUCACAGUUUGAAACGAUCGAUAUAAAUCU